CAUCAUGCACUGGACUAUGGCCGUGUGAAAGCGAAGCAACAACAAUCAGCUGUCAACAGUGGAAAAGCAACGGACGACCAAAAAAUUUUCCAAUCAUGAAGAUGGCUGACGGUUCCACGAUACUCCGCAGAAACAGACCCGGAACCAGUGCUAAGGAUUUUUCAAAUUGGCCCGAUGAACCGUUCGAAGAAAUGGACAGCACUCUUGCAGUGCAGCAGUACAUUCAGCAGAUGAUCAAGAAGGAUCCCUCCAACGUGGAGCAAAUCUUGACGAUGCCCGAUGGGCAAGAUGAGGGCGUAUGGAAGUAUGAACAUCUAAGACAGUUCUGUAUGGAAUUGAACGGUUUGGCAGUGCGGCUACAAACGCAAUGCUUCCCUGCCACUUGCACACAGAUGACGGCGACCGAGCAGUGGAUCUUCCUGUGCGCGGCGCACAAAUCACCAAAAGAGUGUCCUGCAAUUGACUAUACUCGUCACACGCUGGAUGGGGCCGCUUGCCUUCUCAAUAGCAAUAAAUAUUUCCCAAGCAGGGUAUCAAUCAAGGAAUCGUCAGUGGCCAAGCUCGGUUCCGUUUGUCGGCGGGUGUACAGAAUUUUCUCGCAUGCCUAUUUUCACCAUCGGCGAAUAUUUAACGAAUUCGAAGAGGAAACGUAUCUCUGCUUGCGGUUUACACACUUUGGAACGAAGUAUUCUUUGGUGUCUAAAGAUAAUCUGAUUGUUCCCAUCCCGGAGGGAGAGCACACGCCCGGCGAAAGCGAAGCUUAAACGGUUACAGCUAGACAUGGAAAAUAUAACGGCUUUUAUGCUUUUUAUUGCAGUUUGCGUGUUUCGACACAGUGUUACUCAUUUUAUUUGUGUAACAAACAUAUUUUCUCCAUUUUUAUGUUUAUUAGUUGUAUACAGUAUCUACGAGAUUUGUUCUCCACAGUGCUUAAAGCCAAAAUUUCUUGAUCUUUCAAUGAUGCUGUGGACACAGAAAAAAAACUUGCCCUGCAAGUUUAUAAUCAAAGGUAAACACAUUUGUAUUAUUCGAAUCAUUGAAACAACAGAAGAUAUAAAUGUAUUGGAUGAAACGUCAUUAGAAAGUUGUAUAAUCACUCGAUAGAAACGUAUAAAAUUAAAAGUAUUUCAAGAUUAAACGAUUUAAUUUAUGUAAAAGUAUGUAGACUACAAGUGGAAAACAAUAUAAACUAUCUUUUAAGACGCGCACCGAUCUUCACAUGGCAGAGGAAAAACGUUGGAUAUAUAAUUUAGAAUAAAAAUGCGAUAGAACAUCUAACCUCUAUCUAAUGCAUGUACACCUUGUUCCUUGCAUGUACUUCAAGAAAUCAAUGAUCGGAAAGUGUAUAUCACGUAUAACCAAUCAUUUUAUAAAUAAAAUGCGAGAGAAAAGUGCAAGCAUUGCCAAACCUCAAACGGCAAAGUUAAUAUCUAACCGUUGAAUUCGAACAUGUGUCCGUUCUAUAUGCUACUCAAGUUAUUGAAACGAUGACAUGUUUUGAAUAAAAUUCGCGCGGCUCGCGAAAAAAGAGAAUAUUAAAAAUACAUAAUUAACAACCACAAAAAUGUAUUGUCACUAUCGUCAGCUAACCAAUGAUGACAGAGAUAUGAAGAAUCUAGAAGGAAAACACUUGAGGUUAAAAAUGUUUACACCGAUAAGGAGAGAUUAUGUGAAUCAUUAAUAAUAUGAAAAUUUAUACAAGGA